AUGAGAUUGGCCAUGGAGUUGAAUCGGGUUAUCUUCAUGACAGACAGUAUGAUUGCCUUAUCGUGGAUAAAGAACAAAGCUAAAAGCUUCAAGAUGUUCGUCUCGACAAGAGUGGGAGAAAUCCAAAGUGCCACAGAUCCAAGUCAAUGGCGACACAUACCAGGAGAGGUCAACGUUGCAGAUGAUCUUACCAGAGGAUUAAAUGCUGAUCAGUUGAACGGAAGAUGGCAGUAUGGACCUGACUUUUUGCGCAAGCCUAAGGCAGAGUGGCCAAAGGAAGCAAAGACCGAGGAAAAGCUAUCAGAAGUUGAAAAGGAAAGACGAAAGGAGCAAUCAGUGUUGUUGGUAACUAAACCAGGGGAAGAGGUAAUUGAUUGUAAAAGAUUCUCCAGUUGGAGGAAGCUGAUCAGAGUUACUUCAUAUGUGCUAAAGUUUGUGAACAGGUUAAAAUCAAGAUACAGAAACAGGGAUGAACAGGGUGACAGAGAAGGCGACAGUAUUUUAACACCUGCUGAGUUACAGAAAGGAGAGACAUUCCUAAUUCAGAGUGCUCAGACGUGUUUGAGAUCCCGAGUCGAAAAGGGAGAAAUGAAAGCGCUCAGUCCGUUUAUAGAUGAUGCAGGCAUUAUUAGAGUAGGAGGCAGAGUAGACAGGGCUAAAAUGCCGUUUGAAAUAAAGCACCCAGCUCUGCUUCCUUACGACAACUGGAUAUCGACACUGAUAACGCGACAUGUUCAUGAGAGUGGUCAUGGCGGAGUUGCGGCUACCACAGCAAAGACUAGAAGAAACUACUGGAUUCUAAAAGGGCAUAAACUUGCAAAGACUGUGAAGUUCAGAUGUACCGUAUGCAGAGCAUUCGAUCACAAAACAGAAACACAGGAAAUGGCAGAGUUACCCAUAGAACGACUAGCCCCGCAUACACCACCAUUUCACCAUACAGCAUGUGACUAUUUCGGGCCAUUUCCAGUGAAAGUUGGACGUAACAAGACUGCUAAACACUAUGAAGUUCUGUUCACAUGUUUAAACACAAGAGCAGUCCAUUUAGAGCUUGCUGUUGAUUGCUCUAGCAUGGAGUUCAUACAGGUGCUGCGUCGAUUCAUCGCGAUUAGGGGUCAGCCAGUAACAAUCCUAAGUGACAAUGGAACGCAAUUUGUGGGAGCAGAACGUGAGUUGAGGAGUAUGGUGCAAGGCUGGUCUGGUGAUAGGCUGAGAGAAUUCUGUGCAGAAAGGGGCAUGGAGUGGAAAUUCAUCACGCCUGGAGCGCCACACCAAAAUGGAUGUGCCGAAUCAUUGGUGAAAAGCUGCAAGUAUGCUCUCAAGAAGGCUAUUGGAGAGCAAACUUUAACGCCCUUCGAGCUAUACACGUGCCUACUAGAGGUUGCUAAUCUAGUGAAUCAACGGCCGAUUGGCAGAAUCCCAACCGAUCCUGAUGACGGAAGCUACCUGAGUCCUAAUGACAUGCUGUUAGGACGGGCUUCCAGCGAUGUCUCACAAGGGCCAUUCCGCGAAACUAGAAAUCCCAGGCAUCGGGUCGAACUCGUUCAGCGCAUCGUCGACUCAUUUUGGCAGCGUUGGACAAGGGAUGUUCUUCCUUUGUUAGCGCCACGACGGAAGUGGAACGUUGACCGCCGUAACGUUCGCGUUGACGACAUAGUGAUGAUGGCUGAUGCUAAUGCUGUGCGUGGAAAAUGGACUAUCGCCCGCAUUACGCAAGUGUACCCCGGUCUAGAUGGAAAAGUUCGCAACGUAAAGGCAAAGACACCGACUGCAGAAUACCGCCGUCCAAUUACUAAGAUCGCGGUUAUUUACCCGGCUGAGGGUUAUGAUGUUUAA